AUGCCUCCUAAGAAGAAGUCUGGAAAGAAAAAAGGUUCCAGCAAGAAGAAGAAAGGGAAGAAAAGUGGCGCGUCCAAGGAGCCGAAGUUAACGGUGGAGGAAGCCAUCGUGGCUUUUCAGUGAGUGUUUUUUUAUUCUUGUGUCAGGUUCUGUUAUUACGCUUUUACUUCUUAAGAGCCUUGUUGAUUGUUCAUAUUUCCUUGGAGAUUUUUUAGAAAACCGUACAUUGUAAGAAAUAAUUAAUUUGUCCUUGUGUUAGUAGUUUAUUGGAUCUCUUAGCAACGCAGGCUCUGUUCCCGCCGAGUUUCAAUUAAAUAUUCAUUAUUUUAAAACUUUUUGUAAAUUUUGGCACUUUAAUAACAUUUUAUACUGUAACAUUCUUGUGAUAUAAAUAGUUUCUGUAUAGCUGAUACGAUUUACUUGUACAGGGUUCUCGGUAGAUAUAGACGCGCGACCCAUUGAUGGCUUCAAAAAGCUGAUGAGGCUCCACCCAGGGGUCCAGCCCCUUACCCUUUCAUACCGUAAAAUUCCGAAAAUAAGCCCCUCCAUGUAUAGGCCCCUUCAAAUAUAAGCCCCCCAAACUGGUAACACAAAUCACCCCUCCAAUAAUUUAUAAGCCCCCAGGGGGCUUGUACUUGGAAAGUUGCCCUCAAAUGCAAAGUAAAACAAAGCAAAAACAGUAAAUUUACUUCCAACUUAGGCUCGAUUUCCGCGGUCUCCCGGGUCCAGUCUUGAUCUUCCCCGAAGAGAGGGGAUGAGUGCGGGGUCAUUUUCCCGAACAGCGGCUGGUAAUCGAGCAUACUUCCAACUAUAAGGCUAGCCCAAUUGAUUUUGAAACACAAAUUUCCCUCCGAAUAUAAGCCCCUCAAAAAAUAAGCCCCUCAAAAAGAGCCUUGGAAAAAUAUAAGCCCCAUGGCUUAUUUUCGGAAUUUUACGGUAUACCAUUUUUGACAGAAAAAAGUACCCACUUUGCAUACCAUUCAUUGCUAAAAAGGUACUCUUUUAAUAUACAGGGCCUCUAUUACAAAUAAAUUGAUAACAAAGGAAGUCUUCUUCAGUUCCUUGUGUUCCUUUAAAAAAAAAUUAAUUAACGGCCUCUUUAAAUACUUUAAUGGUAGAUUUUGCCAGUCCCUUCAUAUACUGUAAAUGAUCUAAUAGAUGCCCAGGGUGUCUAUUUAAUUUGGGGGGGCAUAAGCGAGGGAAUUUAAUAGAUGCCGAGGUAACACAUACAACAUCACACAACAUUUAAAUCUUUGACAGAUUGACACUUUGUGGUUUAUCUGUCACAAGCAGGUGUAUUUGCACAAAAUCCAUUUUGUCACAAAGCUAAUUGAGUAGUGAAUAAGAAAUUUUUCUGACACCAUGCAGGUAGUUUAUUUUAUUUUUUGCAUGAACAGAUAACUAUCUUAGUGUUUACAGCAAGUGAAAUUCCUUAAUUAAUGGCUGGCUUCUUCUGCUAACCUUUAACUUCAUGUUUCAGUCUUUCAUGUUACGUUGUAGUACUGCUGCAUAUUUGUUAUGGUUGGGAUAUGCAGAAUAUGCAACAAGAGUUACAUUGUUUUUGUAAUAAAUGCAUGUAUUAAUUCAAUAAUUAUAGGAUAGAGGUGAAACAAAGGAACUUUGAGGAUCUUAUGUAUGACAUGCAGUCUCUCCAAGAGAAGAAUGGAAGACUCAAAGACAGGGUAAGAGUUAUGGUAACAGGAAGUUCUGCACCUUCCCCUUCCCUAAACUUUUUAAGUUAACAAAUUCCACAUGGGUUAAUAUAAUCAUAUAGUGCAUUUCUGGUUCUUUUUAUCCAUUGCUAAGUAAGUCAAUAUAUUAAUUUAACAGAAACAAACUAGCACACAAUCAUGACCCCUACUUAUCUGAGUUGCAAGAUAGUGUUGUGAACAUAGACAAUGUCAACUUAAUAUAACAGUUCAUUUUUCUGUCUGAAGAGUGGGGUCAAAUCCAAGGGAAGUGGGGCUUAGUCCAAGUUAGCAUCAAAAUUGGAGUUACUGGAGUUCUACUGUUACGUAGUAACUUUCUUUGUGCAAGACUACCAGAUAUGGGUACAAUAUUUUCUGAUCUCUAUUAUAAGUUUUAAUGGAUAAUAAAUGUACAAAGAACAUAUGAUGCAAAUUUUAAUUAUGUUUUGUGAUUAAUUUACAGAAUCAAAGACUGAAAGAAGAGCAGCUUCUACAUAUCAAAUCUCUCUUAAAACAAGUGAAAGAGAAGGACAAAGAAGUGGAGAAAGCUGUGGAGGUUGGACAUGAGCAAGUGGAAGCAUCACUCCUGGAGAAAUUUGAUGCAAUGAAGGCGGAAGAAGCAGACGUUCAAGGUAAAUGUAGAAUGAAGCUGACUUAAUGGAAACUUUUUUUGCUGAGAUUAUUACAGGCAUACUUUUUCUCCAUCAUGAGCUUCCUUAGCACGGACACAAUGGCCAUUUAAUUUACCAAGAAAAGUCUUUGACCAAAGUGGCAUGCUUUCAUACAAUAAGUCUACGUGGUUUGAGAAUAAAAAUUGUAUAUUUAACAAGCUUCUUUGUAAAUUGUUUUGGCAGUCAAUGACUACAUUUUGUAUAGAAAUUAAGUACCAAAUUAACAACCUACUUACAGCGUAAAUUGCCAAUGAGUAUCCCAAAAUACAAGAACCUAUUUGGCAAACCUCAAAAAAGUAGUUUCUUAUUCGCGGUGUUUACUGCAUUUGUUACAACCAUGUACAGUUUUUUAAAUGUAGACAUUGCUCUGAAAAUGGGGUAGUUUCUUAGGUGUUAACCAUCCUUAACUCUUUGGUUCUGCUGUGACUCUUACAUGGUUGUAUCACUUUACAACCAUCAGGAAAAUUAGAUACUAAAUAAAAAUGAUAAACUAAACCAACAACUGGCAGAUUCUGUUAGUUUGUUACUACUGGUGGAAAUUAAAUUACAAACCAUAAGGCUUCCCUUUAAUUAUAUAAAAUUUUGGACACAUAAAGUAAUGAAAUCAUAAUUUUUUACUUUAAUACACAGUUCAGAAAUUGUUGCUUUUGUAUUCAGUGCUUAAUGAUCAAAUUGAGAAGAAAGAAGAAGAAAUAGGAGAUGUGAGGAAGAAUAUAAAAAGGCUUGAAGACUACAGGGUACAAUAAUAUGUUUACUGACUUAUUGUUUCAAAAGUAACAUGAUUAUAAUCAAUGAUUACAUCGGCAUGCCAUACCUGAGUUCUAUGCUUAAAUGAUUAGUUAAAAAUAGUGGGCACAUGUGAUGAUUUUAAGUUUUUGGUAGCAUUCAAUCCCUUUGUACCCGGGAGCAUUACAAUUUGUAGAAUGUGGUUAGGUUUUGCAAUGAGUGUUGAAUUAGCUCAUCACUGGGCCAGGAACCUUGUACCAACCCUACUGUUAAUUGCACCUUCUCCAAGCCCUUGGAUUUCAAUCUCUCUUUUGCGCAUCUUUUGCACUUUAAAAAAUCUUAGCCUGCGUCGCAGACACUUUUAACCGCUGAAAAGCUAUUCCACCUCAUUUAUUGCUCCAGGGCAUGAAAGAACCGCCAGUCAACAGACAAUGUCCGGACUGAUUGGGGAGUUGACCAGUCAACCUUUCGUCUUGAAAGUCAUGUUGACUGGUCACAUUUGAUCGUUUGGAAAUGAACUUAAUUAAAAUUUCCAUGCUGUUCAGUUGUUUCAGUUGUUACCAGGACAUGUAUGUAGCGAGUCCCUGUGUAUUAUGCGAAACUUUGAUCUGAAAUCCUGGGUGAAAUGCAACUAGAACCGUUGUUUACAAUUCGCACAUUGAAACAUAAGCUUAUUUUCAUUUUGCCCACUGUAAUUUAUUUUUAUUGUUGACAACAAGUGCUUUAAGCUAUAAGCUCUAAGCAACGACUGUUUUGGAAAUAUAUAACGCCAUUUAUGGUUCCUGGGCCCGUGAUUUAAGAGCUAUUUAUCUUAUAAAUUUGACUGGCCAGAAAUGAUAUAUGACCGAGCUAAAAUGAAUUUGGCUGCUCAUCAAGACCAAAGACUCUCCUGAAAUUAUUUCUAGCCCUGUGCUCAUCUUAAGAAAACAGCUACAAGUACAAUAAUAUAGGCUUUUAGCAACUUUUUCUUUCUUUUAACCUUCAGGACAAAGGUGCUGAGGAACAUGCCAAACAAAUAGUUUUACUAAAACAAGAUUUGAAAGAAAUGCAGGAUUCACAUGAUGAUAUUGCAGGUGAGUAUCAUGAGCAGCUUAUCAACUUUCCUCAGUCUCUAACAAAACUUUCAGCUUCAAGAAAAUUAACCAGAAAAUUCCAAACAACAUCUCGUUUCAAUUACAGGGGUCGAAAAAACUUGAAUUGAAGCUUUUCCUUUGGGCAAGCACCUCUCACAUUUUGGUUUUGGCCACUCUUCGUUCAUCUUAGUUAAUGAUUUUGUUAGAGGAUGUUUUGCCUGGACCUUUGCCCAUUGGGCAAGUAAGGUUUGAAUGUAACUUGCCCAGCAAGAAAAUCUACCUGUCCUCAGUGGGACAACUGGACAGGACAUUUUUCGAGCCCUGAAUUACCCACUCAUACCUUUUUGACAAAUUAAGAUGGAAUCCAUCAGCAAAUUGAGUAAUUUUAAUUUUCUGUGGACAAAAACCUUGUACUAGAAUAAUUUAAGCAAUAUUGCAUUCUUUUUUACAUUUUUCAAGGGCUAUAGAUGUAAUUCUUCGUUAUCUGUAAUAACACCAACCACUAUUUCUCAUGGGAGUCCGAAAAAAUCAAUGUCAAAUUUCACAAAAAGACACCUUAUACAUGAAAUUUUCAUUUUACCCGUGUUUUCACAAUUCUUGUGAAAUUUGACAUUUAUUUUCUUGGGCUCCCAUGAGAAAUGGUCUUUGGUGUUAUUACAGAUAACUAAUUUUAUAGCCCUUGAAAAAUGUAAAAAAGAAUGUGAUAUAGCUUAAAUUACUCUGGUACAAGAUUUUUGUCCACUGAAGCUUAAAAUUACUCGGUUUGCUGAUGGAUUCUGUUUUAAUUCUGUUCUAAAAUUAUCUAUCUUGUUGUGUGGACAGGCAGUACAAGUUUAUGCUUUGACCUUUCCUUUGGUUGUUAUUAAAAUGACUGUGGUUGAAUGUCAAAAUGUCUCCUCUAUUUUGUUCACAGCUCAUUUAGAAAGGAGCUUGAAGAUUGCAAAAGAUGAAAUUGAAACUUAUACCGAAUCCACAAUCUCUAAGCAGAAGGACAUUGCAAAUGAGGUACUCGAUUUCAGAACUUGUCUAUCAUAACUGUAUUGUCAAUGCGCUGUGAGUUUACAUAAUACUGACCCAUUUGGCUGCUUGUUUGAUUGUUCUUUCCAUCCUUGUAUCAAAGUUACAUGCACUACAGUCUUUUAAACCAACCCCUUACCAUUUUAUUUACCCUCAUUUUUGACCGAUGGUACCCCUUUGACAGACCUAGUUUAGAACAUUGCAUCGCUUUUAACUGCUACAAAAUGCACUCUUAAAAUAUGAGCUUUUAACUGCUACAAAAUGCACUCUUAAAAUACGAAAUUAGUCCCAAACCAGGAAAUUUUCUCGACUUUUUCACAGCCAUAAAUUUUACUAUUAACCAUUUCAACCCCUUUAUAUGGGCGAAUCUUUGCUGACGUCAUUGUUUACAUUUUUCCUCAUUAGCAUACGACUUAACUCAUAGAAGCCGUAGCCAUAUCAUAUAUGAACUAAAUGCAAAAGUUGAAAGAGCUGAUUAAGUUAAGCAAUUUGUGCAAUUUUCAGCUCUUUGCAAAGCUAUAUUGAAGUAAAUAUUAGCCAUCAAAAACUGCAAAAUUGCUGUGUGGCAAAAAAAGUUAAUGAGCCAUAUAUUCUCUGUAAAAUUUCGUGUUUUUAGAAGAGAAUUUCUCCGGACCCAUUCGGUGUAUUGGGCUCAAAUUUUCAGUGAUAACUGAAACUGUUAUGCCCUUUCAAUAUUCAGAGUUUUUAUUUUAUGAGCGUCAUCAAAUAGUGAUAAGCAUAUGUUAAUGAGGCAAAAACUGUAAACAAAGAUUCGCCUAUACUUCAACAAGUCAAAUCCCUAUCCUUUCAUAUACCUGAGGCCUAAAAAAGGCAUCCCUUUUCUUAACAGGCCUUUUUAGGGAGUCCCCCCGGGGGGGUCAGUAAAAAUAACAACACGAUAGGCAUUUUCUUCUUUUUUCAGAAAGCAACAAAUAACUUGGAUAAAGAUAGCUGUGGAGAAAUUUUAGACAACAGAUGGCUGAAAAAAGAGGUACAUCUAACUGCCGCCUGGAACUGAAAACAAAGCGUUGGCACAAAAUUUAAAUUCAAAACUGAACGUUGCCUGUACACAGACUUUGUUUUCUAAUCAACGAGAACGCAAGCGAAGCGAGCGCGCGAGAACCAACUCCCUUGUGUAGCGGGCAAUUAAGCCCCCGCGCUUUCUAUUUUCAUACCUGCACUUGACUAUCUCUACAGAGAAAAUAGAGGGUCUGUGAACAGGCUGAACUGAACGUUUACAAGGUCAAUUGUUGUAAAUUCUAAUUUGGCCUACAUUUCAUUAGUGUUUGUCUUGCUAGCAGAGUUUAUUUUUCUUCAUCUUGGUUUUAGCAUGCACGAAAUCGUUCAGGCCGCCUUACGAUUUCAUCAUGUACGAGUUUCUCUCGUACACGGUAAAAACCACACCGGAAAGAAACCUCCACUAGCACGGGAUUUCACGUUUGGAUGCUUUAAAAUGACUACGUAUGAAGCAAUUAACAAUGAGAUGCUUUUGAACAGUCAGGGUAAGAGGCAUGACCUGAAGAUGGAUCUGUUAGCAUAAAAACUGGCCUUUGAAUAAUUGAAUAAUAGAAUCAUUUUCUUCUUUUAGGUUUCUGUUCAUCGAAAAGGUCAUGAGGAACUUUCAGAAAUAGUCGAAGAACUGGAGAGACGAAACUUGGAAAUUAUGAGUGAAAUGUUUGACUGUAAAGUGGAAGAUCUCAAGUUUACAAGGUACGCGGGUCUUUGUAUAAGAGCAUUAAUGAUAGCUAUGAGCGUUGAACGAAUAACACCUGAAAAGUAAACGAUGGAAACUAUGCGGCUAUGACAGUUACAGAUAUUGAAACAGAAUCCAAAUCUAUAAGGCUAGUGACUACAUCAUUGUGCAUUUGUUCAAAAUCAAUUCAGGUUAAAAUGGUUUUAACCUAAAAUUUAAUUCUGAUUCCAAAUAAUUCAUCAACCCUUUGUAGUACUUUAUUUUAGAAAAUUAACGCUCCGUGAAGUUAAUGUAUUGGAAUUUUUUAUAUGUUAACGUCAAGUUAACGAGAAAAGAAUUCCGAAUAAACGUGCGCAAAAGCGAGGGUCAGUGAUUUUGUUACCUCUGCGUCCUGCGUCCCUGACGCAUAAAAAUCCUCAAAGACGUUAAAUAAAUUCUGGAAUGCGUCCCCUAGGACGGAAAGAUCGAUUGAUCGAUGUGAAGAUGUUUUUGUAGAAUAUCCUGUUUGUGUGAUUUCUGUGGCUGUUGUGAAACGACGCUUAUUUCUUUUUGUCUUUGUUGUAAUUUACAAUAGAAGUAGUAUAUUUUUAUUUCAGUAAACUGUAAUACAGAGUUUUGGAGUCUGUCGGCAGAUUAACUGUGUGGUUACAAAAGACCCAGGGACUCACUGUUUUUUGAACUGGGACUCAUGACUUUUCACAAGAUGAGUCCCAGGACUCACCAUAACUAUUUCUAACAAAAUCACUGGACGUUCACAAAGAAACAAACCUUGUUUAGAAAACAGGAACCGAAGUUAAACGUUUAAUCCGAAAUGGAAACUUUGUUCGUGGUACCUUCCCGAUGGAUCUUCACAGUUUCACUGAUAGUGGUGGAUCUCCACCCAGUGGUAUGAAAUUAGACGUUUACAAAAAACGCGACUUGAAUCAACGGGAGUUUAAAAAAUUUCAUUAAGUGUUAACUUCCCAUAAUAAAGUAUACGUUUCACCCAGAUAUCAGUUCAUCUCAACUGACUGUGUUUCUUUUCAGAAAGUUUUAUUUAAGCUGUGUUGAUGACGAGGAAAGUUCAGAUGAAGACGGUGGUGAAACGGAAGAGGUGUUUGCUUCCCACGGGGUCAUAACAGAACAAGAUGAAAAACCUGAUGAAUUACUAGAUAAUUACUUUCUUCCUGGAGAGGAUGACUUUGAGGUCCGUAACUAA